AGGGGUCAACUUCAGACCUGGACAGCAAAGUGGACCCAGAGUCCUGUUCCCUUGGAGAUUACAAGGAUGGGUGUGUAAUGUUGUGUCCAGAAACUCCUGACCUGAGGCUGCUUCUCUGUGUCAAAGAGGCCUCCAGCUUUCCUGGCCGGUUGAGGAAACUGGCCUGGGUCCAGCCCCUCCCACCCCCAACUCUGGGCGGGCAGGCAGAGAACAGCUGACGCCAGCAGUCACUCAUGUGACCACUACAGCUUUCUGUUUGCUCCCUGUCCCAGAACUGGCAGUUUGCUGCUUGGCGUGGAGGGAUUAAUCAGUGACAGGAAGCUGCCUCUUCUAGAGCCGUGACCAGCUGUGGUUAGGAAAGCCUCUGCAAGACCAGCCCUAGGAGUCUGUCCAGCUUCCCGCCUGCUGCUCACCCACCUGCUCCUGCCAUGGGGCACCUUGGGGUCCUCCUCUUCCUGCUUGGGGGCCUGGGGGCUCUUGCUGAUAUCUGCGAAAUACCACAGGUGGAUAGCAAGCUGGUGGAGAGGCUGGGCCAGCGCCUCUUGCCCUGGAUGGACUGGCUCUCUCUGGAACACCUGAACCCCAGUAUCUACGUGGGUCUGCGCCUCUCCAGCUUGCAGGCUGGGGCCAGGGAGGCCUUCUAUCUGCACAUCCUCAAACUCAGUUACCAGCACAGCCUCCUGGGGCUUACCUUCAACGAUGACAACAGUGACUACCAGGACAAGCCCUCCAUGGGCCAGCUGGCCCUCUACCUGCUAGCUCUCAGGGCUAACUGUGAGCUUGUUGAGGGCCGCAAGGGGGGCAGGCUGGUCUCGCAGCUGAAGCGGUUCCUGGAGGAUGAGAAAAAGGCCAUUGGACACAAUAACAAGGGCCAGCCCCACACCAGCUACUAUCAGUAUGGCCUGGGCAUCCUGGCCCUGUGUGUUCACCAGAAGCGGCUCCAUGACAGUGUGGUGGGAAAGCUCCUGUAUGCCGUGGAACAUGAACAGCAUCUCCACCAGGGCCACCUCUCUGUGGACACAGUGGCCAUGGCAGGCUUGGCCUUCACCUGUCUAGAGCACUCCAACCUCAACCCCAAUCGGAAACACCAGAUCACCCGGGCCAUUGAGAACAUACGAGAGAAGAUCCUAAAGGCCCAGACCCCUGAGGGCUACUUUGGAAAUGUCUACAGCACCCCUCUGGCACUACAGUUACUGAUGAAGUCCUCCAUGCCUGGGGUGGAGCUGGGCACAGCGUGCCUUGAGGCAAGGGCUGCUCUGUUGGCCAGUGUGCAGGAUGGGGCCUUCCAGAAUGCUCUCAUGAUUUCCCAGCUGCUGCCUGUCCUGAAUGGCAAGAGCUAUGUGGAUCUCAUCUCCCCAGACUGUGAGGCACCAAGAGUCAUGUUGAAACCAGUUGUGGAGACCCCUUCACCGACCCAAGAGGUCAUCAGUGUCGUGCUGAACGUCCCCAGUGUCUCGCCACCAUACAUAAACUCCAUCUCUGUCCCUGCUGGGUCCUCCUUGGAAGAUGUCCUUAAGAAGGCCCAGAAGCUCAGAGGAUUCAUGUAUGGAACGCAGAACACCUUGUCAGGCCCCUUCCUGACCUCUGUGAUGGGAAAAGAAGCUGGGGAACGUGAGUUCUGGCAGCUCCUCCGAGCCCCUGACACCCCACUGCUACAGGGUAUUGCUGAAUACACCCCCAAGGAUGGAGAAACCAUUGAGCUGAGGCUGGCUACCUGGUAACUUCUGCGCUCACUCACCCCAGCAGCCUUGCCCACUCCCUGGGCUUCCGCCUUCCCUCCAGACAUCGCUGUAACAGCCCAACCCUGCUGCUACCUCAUGUGCACUUGGAUAGGGUCCCCUGGAUCAUUCCAGCUACCACCCUUGCGAAGGUCCUAAGCUAUCAUCCACCCUGGAUCAGUUAACCAAGCGCUUUCCCUGGGAGGGCUGUCUGCUCCAGUCUGGCCCAGUCUGGCCACACAGGCAUCCUUUGAAGGCCAUUCAUGGUCUGUAGGGUAUAAAGCAUCUCCGACUCCUCAACACAAGGAGGAGAAGUCACUGGCUACUGGUGCUAUGAGGACUGCCCCUCUGGGAUUGAAGCCCUGCAAGGAGACCUCUGUGGCCCAGGGGCUACAGCCCUGAUCCCAGCUCUCAACUCCACCUUCAUGGCGGUGGCCCCAGUGCUUGCUGUGGCAUAGUAGCUGGUGGGGGCUCUGCAGAGACGCUCAAACCCUGCCUAUGAAAUGAUUAAAGUGUUUGUGCACCUGC